CAUAAUUCCCAGCUCAUUCAAACAUUAUCAGACCGGUGUAUCUCUGGGGGCAGAACAUUUAAUAAUACAAGUAUAGAAAAGUAAGAAUAAAGUAGAGUAACUAUAGGCUGACGUUGGCUAAUCCCUAAGCAAGGAUUCGCGUACGAAAUGAUUACCUAUCGCGUGCGCUCUCAACUCCCUGCCUUGAUUAAUCGCCGAUAAGUUAAACCUGCAUUCCCCUGCUUUCUGCCGAUCAUAGGGAUGAUUUAUUACUAGUUAAUCCACACUCUCUUUCUUGAUGUUACUCUUCUUUCCUUAAUCAUUACCUUCCCUGAAACUUCUAUUGUUGUCUCAGCCUCAGACGGAAUGCCAUUGUAGUGUCUAAUUUCCGCUCCCCCCGUCAGCACAAUUGCUCCCGCUCAAACACGCUAUGCCCUCGUCAUCACGAUCAGAUAGUCUCAAGACGCAGGGGAUCGACGGCGACAGCUUUGUUGCCUUUGACCAUGCUGCUGCUGGACAUGAGGGUGUUCGCUGUACUACUUCCGGCUCGCUGAUCGCCAAACCGUGUACCCAGCAGGAAGUGGAUUUUUACGAAUCCAGUGCUCUGCACCCGGAGUUCAGGGAGUUCAUCCCAACCUAUAUUGGCACGCUAUCGUCGGCAGACCAGCAGUUGUCUCUGGCUCUUACAACAGUGGAACAGAAUGGGGCGAUAGCCAUCACCGAGUCCGACCGCUUGUCCGUCUCGACCGACGCAUUCAAGACUGACACGCCGCAGUCCAGCACCCGUGCGCCGGUGGUUACGUCUACGCAGGACAGCGAUACACCUUGGACACCGUCGGGUGGCAAGAAGCUCCAGACAGACAUAUCGAUUGUAUUGGAAAACGUCGCCUCAGGUUUCCGGAGACCGAAUGUCCUCGAUGUGAAGCUUGGCGCGCGGCUCUGGGCGGACGAUGCACCCCCUCCCAAACGAGCGAAAUUGGAACAGGUUUCCACGCAGACCACAAGUGGCAGCCUGGGGUUUCGUAUUGCAGGGAUGAAGGUCUGGACGGGGGUAGCCGGGGAGACGGAUGAAGGCGAACGAACCAACCCCUAUGAAACGAAGCACGAAGCGUCGGAAAGUGGUAAAAGCGGCGAGGUCGUUGAAAAGGGCGGCUACAGGCGCUACAAUAGGUGGUACGGACGGGCCUUCUCCCAACAUAACGUCAAAGAAGGCUUUGAGGCUUUUCUGGCGGGCGCCAAGGCCGGUCCGAUCGAUCGCUCGAAACUCAUGGCUGGACGGCUGGCAGAUGAACUACGACGUGUACAGUCGGUACUAGAGGCAGAGGAGAGCCGAAUGUACUCCUCGAGUGUGUUGAUCGUCUACGAAGGUGACAUGGAGGCACUGGAACUCGCGCUAGAGGAGGAGAAGAAAGCGAUAGAGAGGCCUCCUCGAUACUACGAAGAGCCAGAGGACAAUGAUGACUGCGAAGAAAUAGAAGCCCCCGAGGAUGGCUCCUUUGAGGUACUAGAUCUUGCUACUAUGGGACCAAACGGUGUCUCCUACCAGGCGAUUAAUAUCACCAUUGAUCCUGAAACAGCCCAGCUGGCCGACUUCACAGAGGACGAGGACGAAGAGGAAGACCCUCCCAAAGUCCACGACCUGCGCUUGAUUGACUUUGCUCAUGCCAGCUGGACCCCGGGGCAGGGACCGGACGAGAAUGUUCUCAUGGGCGUGAGGAGUUUAGUCAAGAUCUUCGAUGAGAUUGCCAGUUGAGCUGAUCCAUACUGAUUCAGGUCGCUGGCGACCUGGACUGUCGUUACUGGCCUUGUGCAUUUCCAUUGUACAUAUACCAAUAGGGCCAUUAGCAACGAGCUAGCCAAAUCAAUGAAUACUAGUGUUUAUUAUUAUUAUUUAUUAUUAUUGAGC